AAGAAAAGGAAAUCACGAACAACGGAAGAACAAAACUCUGAGCGAAUCAAUCAAUCGGAAAAAGGAGAUAGGUUUCGCGAAAAUGGCGGAGAAAAAGGAUAGUGUGCCACCGGAAUACGAUGUGAAUGCUAAGUGGGACGCAUGUCUCGAUCUCACUGUCCGCCGCUUCGUUUACUCUUCCCUCGGCGGCGCAUUUGCCGGUCUUCUGUUCUUCAGGAGUCCUGUUACAAGAUGGGCAUCGAUUGCUUUAGGUGCUGGAAUUGGUAUUGGCUCUGCAUAUUCAGAUUGUUCUCGUGCUUUUGAUUCACCUUCUUCAUCUUCAGCUAAUUUAGCAGCUCCCAAGAAUAAUAUUACAGAGACUUCUCCUGUAUCUCAGGCUGCAGACGAGUAGACAAUGUCGAUAAAGUGGAAGUUAGUAACACAUCCAAUGAUCGGGGUGUUCAGAAACAGAGCUAUUAUCAUGCAAUGCUUUGUUGAAUUGUUUCCUAAACCUGCAAAGACAAGAGUCUAUUGAGAUAAUGUCAAAUGUAAAAACCUUUUUUUAUUCGCUCUAUCUCUCUCCCAGUGGUUUUGAACAAGUGAAUACAAAAAUGUUGCAUCAAUCACCCAUUCUAUUUUUUCAACCUCAACAAGGAUCAUCAUGCCAACGACGUCGUUUUCAUGUGUUGAAAAUUUUCAAACCGG